AUGAGCGAUAAACGAACUCGCACGAAGUUCGAACAUUUAUCUAAUGAGGUAUUAAUGGAUUGUUUCGAAUACCUCAAUGCUCCAGAUGUAUUCUACGCAUUUGAACAACUCAAUCCUCGAUUUUACCGAUUGGUUCGAGCUAUUCCAUUGCGCUUGAAUUUUGAAGAUAUUGACAAAAUAAUCUUCGAUCGAUUUUGUGAGAAAAUGUUAGAUUACACGGAAAUUCAACAGCAGAUCUAUUCAAUAAAACUUUCCAACGAACAAACACAUGGUCAAAUUCAAGCAUUUUUCACUUAUUUCUCGUUAGUAGAGUUCACUCGACUGCGUUCGUUAACACUGAUUGAAAUUAAAGAAAACAAUAUGGAACAAUUAUCAUCGACAAUUCCACUACUUACAAAACUUACACGCCUUCGAUUAAUUAAUUCCCAUUCGUCUUCUUUUAAUCUUCUUUCUGUACUACCGAGAUGCCAAGAAAACAUAUUUCCAAUAUCAUCAUUCUCUCAAAAUAUCGUACCGCUUACAAAGUUCUCUAUAUAUUUUUGCAGUUUAACUGAUAUAUUUCGACUACUGCCGCAGAUGCCAUUCUUACGGUAUCUGAAUGUUUUAUGCGGUUCACAAUUUGAGUCGAUCUCCUCUGCCGAAAUCAACCGUCUUCAUGGUCGUGUCAAUUGUCUAGAGCGUCUAGCCGUGUCUGGUUACUCAAUCGAUACUGAUAAUCUGAUGAGUGUCAUUUCAUGUAUGACUAAUUUACGAAGCUUAACUAUUUUGGUGGACGAAAAUUCCGACAUAAUCGACGCUUCUCGAUGGCAACAGCUGAUUACUCAUUCGUUGCCACAUUUGACUGUAUUUCGAUUUAACUUUAGUUCAAAACAUCAAUGGUAUACCGAGUGUUUAAUAUAUGGACCGCAAUCAUCUAUUUUUACAACGCCUUGGCCAAGUGACAGAAAACUAAUUGGGCUCACACAUAAUCGUCGUUUCAAUAAAUCAAUUAAUCAGUCAACGACAUCUGAUAGAGUCAAACGCUUAAAUAUAUUUAACACAGAGCUGAUAACAUCACACAGUUCUUAUUGUCCUAAUGUCACAUCAUUGGCGUUUGAUUCCUUGCCUGUAAUCAAGAAUCAAAUUGAUGAGCAAAACUUUGUUUCUUCUCUGAAACAGGUAGUGAAUUUACUGAAUGUGAAACAUUUAGAAAUUCCGGCAUGUGUCGAAACGACAAGGCCAACACUUUUAUUGAAAAUUCUCCAAGAAACACCGCAUGUAUCGUCUUUGACUACCCUCUCUUGCAUCGUAAAUCUGGUGAAAAGAAACAAAGAACUUCAUCAACUCGCAAGCGAAAUGAUAACGAAAUUAAAUUUUUGUAUACGUUCUAGCAGUUCGGAUGCGUGCGUCAAUAAACGCCGUGAUAUGAGUUUAAUACAUCAAGUCUUUCCAAAUCUCGAGCAGAUAACUUAUUCCAUGAUACGGUUUGAACCAUGUUUAUUCUUGCUGAAGAAUUUGCCGCGACUCUCAAGAAUGAGCAUUACUUUUUAUCAAAGAGACGAAGACGGCUGCUUUGACGAAUUGAAAAACAAAUUAUCGAAAUUGAAAAAUAUUUUUUUCUACGAAGAACUCUUGGGUGUUCGACAUGACUACAAAGUGAUACAGUUCAGUUUCUGGGUGAGCCGUGGCGAUAUUUUUCUUCGUAUUUAUUCAAUUCAAAUUCACUUGAAGAUGGUCUAUAUUGGUAUAGAACUAUGGCUAAUAACAAUUAUACUAUCUUCAUCGAUCACUUGUUUCGAGAUUGUCACAAUACCAGACGGUGAUAUUCAAUAUUUAUACGAACGAUUACGAACUACAGAGCAUAUGACUGACACUGAUGCACUAAAUACAAUCAUUGAGUUAGAGAACUAUUAUACAGCUGCUAAGAAUGGUCUAACCGGUGAACCAUCCGAAAUUAUUGAUACAGCAUGGCAUGCACAUAUCUUAAACACACCCAUGUACUUUAGCUUUUGUCAAUCAACAUUUGGUUCUUAUCUACAUCAUUCUCCCUAUUGGAUGAGAGCCAGUGAGGCUGAAGAAACACAAAUCUAA